CCAUUUGUGAUAAAAACCCUAAUUUUUUAGACGUCCCCUUUCUUUUCUUCGUUUUUUCGCCCGGAAGGGACGCCCUCUGCGCUCCGUAACCGGCGUUCGUUUUCCAGAUGCCCUUCUAGGGUUCUCAAAGCUCUUAAUCUUUCAGAAUUCCCUUGUUUCAGUUCAUCUUACAAAUACCCAUAUGACCAGGACCAGCAGAAAACGACGCCAUGUUUACCCACCUCCUCUCCCCUCUUCUUCUUCAAACCCAAAUCGCCAUAAACACCAACCCACCAAGAAACUCCACUCUUCCCCAAACCCAAUUCGGAAAAACCACAAUUCUUCAACCCCAAUUCAGAAAAACCACUUGUCCUCAACCGCAAUCCCCUUGCCCCUAAACCCAGUUCCCCAAACCCCCAUGCCUAAGCGCCCAACCUUUGCCUCAUACCUUGACACACCCAAUCUACCUCCCAAGAUCAGACUCCUCUGUGAAAUAGUGGCCAAUACCCAUAAGGUCCUCAAACUCUCUUACGCUUUUCCAGGUCCCGCCGUGAAGUUCUUUAGGUGGGCUGGUCACCAUCUCAAUGACUACCACAGCCCCUAUGCGUGGAACUUGGUUGUUGAUCUUCUGGGCAAGAAUUGCUUCUUUGAUGCGAUGUGGGACGCCAUAAAGUCCAUGAGAAAAGAAAGGUUACUCUCUUUGGCCACUUUUGCUUCUGUUUUUAGUAGUUAUGUAGUUGCCAAUCGUGUCCAGGAGGCUUUUAUGACUUUUGAGGUUAUGAGCGAAUAUGGAUGCCCUAGAGAUAUCGUGGCAUUGAAUUCCCUUUUGAGUGCAAUUUGUAGAGAUGGGAAGACUUCAGAUGCUGUUGAUUUUUUGCGUAUUGCUAAGGAUAAGAUUAAGCCAGACCCUGAUACGUAUGCGAUUUUGUUGGAAGGGUGGGAAAAUGAAGGCAAUGUAGCUUGUGCUAGGCAGGUUUUCUCUGAGAUGGUGAUUGAGAUUGGUUGGGACCCGAGCAAUGUGCCAGCUUAUGAUUCAUUCUUGAAUACUUUGCUUAAGGGGCCUGAUGGGAUCCGCGAAGCAGUGAAGUUCUUUGAGACCUUAAAAGAUAGGAGGUGUUAUCCGGGGGUCAAGUUUUUCAGCCUUGCUCUUGAUGAGUGUGUCAAGAAUAGCGAUUGUCGGGGAGCUGAGGCUCUUUGGCAGGCAAUGGUAGGGAUAAUUGGUUUCCAACCUGAUACAAUUAUGUGUAAUUUGAUGAUUUCUUUACAUUGUCGUGAAGGAAAUCCAGAUUUAGCAAAGAGAAUGUUGGAUGAUAUGGUGUACAAUGGGGCAUUUCCGAAUUCACAAACAUAUGACAUAUUGUUUAAGUCGUUGAUCAAGAAUAGGAAGUUGAAGGAGGCAUCGACUUUGUUUACUGAGAUGGUUAAAAAUGAGUGUGUUCCAGAGCAUGCUAAUUGUAAUAUGGCAGUAAGGACUUUCCUUGAUUUGGGGGAUCCUUAUUUUGCUAUAAAAGUUUGGAAGUGCAUGCUAGAGAAUUACCAUUCUGGCUUGGAGGAUACUGGGAAUUUGUUGGUUGUAGGGCUCGGCGAUCUGAAUAGGGUCCCAGAAGCAGUUAAGUACGCAGAGGAUAUGAUUGUAAGAGGAAUCAAAUUGGAAUUUUCCACAUUGUCAAAGCUGAAGCAGAACCUCAUCCAAGCAAGGAAGGAAUACUUGUAUGAUGAACUUUUUAGAAAGUGGAAAGCUCAAUAGGUAGGUUAGAAGUACUUAGAAUUAUACAUCUUUUUUACAGUUAGCCUUGUGUAUAACUUGCACAUUUUGUUCGCUGUGAAAAAAAGUGAAACUGCAUAUUGUCAUACAGCUGUAUGGCUGCUUUGUAGUUGCAUUUCUUUGCCUAUUUUGUCUAUCUGUGUCAAUUGAUAGAAGUACUUUCAGAUGCGUAGGUUUUUUUUAUGAUGAAAAUAUUAGUUCUUUUCUUCUGAA